AUGGCACGGGAGAAGGCUCGCCCAGGGACGUGCACGGUCCCGUGGGCGAUGUUCCUCCUCCUGGUCGCCAUCUGCGUCUGGAUGCUGGUCACGUCCCAGUGCAGCGAUGCGCUGCACGGCUCCGUGCUGCGCGGUGGCACGCGGGUGGUCGUCCAGAGCUCCAGCCCGGCCGAGGCGCAAUUCCUGGAGGCGCACGGCGUGCCCGGCUUCCUGGACGGGGCGGUGGCGCGCAUGGUCGCCGAGGCGGGCCGGGCCUCGGCGGACCCAUACGCGCUGCUGGGGGAGGAGCUCAGGCGGCUGCCGCCGCGGCCGGGCGCCGCGCCGGGCGUCGGCAGGCCCACCGCCGCGCCAGUGGCCCGGGUCCCGGCCGAGCCUGCGGCGCCGAGCGGAGUACCGCCUGCGGACCCGCGCUGUGAUACGGUGUACACCUACUGGGACUACCCGAAGGGCCCGAGCCUGCUCGUGCAGCUCAACCUCGACACGUGGCGGAGGCACGCUCCGGAGAUGAAGCUGGUGCUGAUCAACGAGUCAAACAUCCGCGAUUUCGUCCCCGACCUUCCCGAGGAGUUCUUCCAGCUGCCCUACCCCGCCGCGAAGUCGGACUUCGUGCGCGCAUCCGUCCUGUACCACAACGGUGGCCUGUACAUGGAUACCGACUUCAUGAUGAUGCUUCCGUUGCGCCCAGUGCUCUCGAAUUUGGAGAGCAAUGACAUCAUCUCUUACAGCGACUCGCCUGAGGACGACACGGUCUGCCAGGGCCACCAGUAUUCCUCCAAUUGGCUGGCUGCCAAGAAGGGCAACGUGUUCCACGAGGUGUGGUGGCAGAACAUGAGGCACAAGCUAACGCGCAUGUGCGACGCUGGCGAAUUCAAACUCGAGAAGAUCUGCUGCCACGAGGCCUUCGCCCCGCUGCCUGAGAAGCGCAAGUGCCACAUCCCCUGGGCCCAGCUCGAGUGGCUGAAGGACCCCUCCAAGGAUGCUGACUCCAGAGGCCCUCCGAGAAAGGAUCCGACGCAGAAGCACGGUGAUGCCGACGACGCUGCGAAUAAGGCGGCGGAGGACGCAGCCGAGGUCGCGGCGGCCGUGGAGCGCGGGAAGGCCAAGUCGAGGCAGCUGCCCCCAGGCGUGAGACUCUACUGCCUGAACGGCCGGCGGCAGCUCGCCCCACACCACAACGGCGAGAUAUACUGGCAGCCCUGGGACAGAAACUACUCAGUCCACAGGCAGCGACCUGGGGGACCCGAAGAAGUACCGCUUCGACAUGAGGUUCGACUGCCGUGA